GUUUCCUUUUUACCCCAAUAUUUUUAAGACGUUGUGCGUCGCAUUGCUUGGUUUACUGUUCAAUAAAAUGGAGGUACUCGUAUGCUGUCUGUACUACGUACUCCAGUACACUUUUUGCAGUCCAACCAAUCAGCCCGGCUGGUCAAAGGAGAGAGAGCGAAAGAGAGCAGGAACCCCGCCAUUUCUGUGCAGUUUCUGCCCCAAAAAUCUCAUUUUUAAUCGCCCCAUUUUCCCUGUCUUUAAAAAUCCUUCUCCAUAAGACUUUGGUAACAGCUACUGGUGCCUGGUAGUAACCAGACACAAAAGAGGGAAAGCAAAACAAGAGUGGGUGUCUCCUGUUGUCUGUCUUCCUCCUCGUUGGAGUCCAAGCAAGUUUGGUGAUAGCCAAGAACCACAUACUAGCAAGGUGAGAGGUGAGCUUCUGUCACAUGCUACAUGGAGGGAGGGGAGGGCAUUGCUGUAGCAGGUGCAGGUGGCCAUGGAGCCGCCGGUUUCGGCCUGUUCAGAGCUGCCGAUGUGACCAUGGCGGAGGCACAGGACGCGGGCAAGGAGUACCACUCGUCUCCCUCCUCGCCGUCGACGUCUCCUACUCCCUCCCCGCCGCCGCCGGCUGCGGCUGGCCAUGGAGGGGAGGCCGCCGCUGCGACGCCCACCAUGUGGAGUCUGGGUGGCGAGAAGCCUGGUGAGGCGGCUGCAGGGGACAACGGCGCCAUGCAGAUGUCAGGCCACCACCACAGUGAGCAUGCCAGCUUGAGCUCCGGGCGGCGUAGGGGCCGGCCAAAAGGGUCCGGGAGGCGCCAGAUCCUAGCCACUCUAGGGGAAUGGUAUGCGCUAUCGGCUGGAGGGAGCUUCACGCCUCACGUCAUUAUUGUUGGUACAGGGGAGGAUGUGGCGGCGCGCAUAAUGUCCUUCUCUCAGAAGGGUCCACGCUCGAUUUGCAUCCUCUCUGCCAAUGGGACCAUCUCCAAUGUAGCGUUGAGCCAGCCUGGCUCGUCCGGUAGCACCUUCACCUACGAGGGUCGGUUUGAGAUUCUGCAACUGACUGGCUCCUUUACUAUGGCGGAGGAAGGUGGUCGUAGGAGAACUGGUGGGCUCAGUGUCUCGCUUGCUGGCCCUGACGGCCGUGUUGUCGGUGGUGUAGUAGCUGGGAUGCUGCGUGCCGCGAGCCCUAUUCAGGUGAUUGUGGGGAGCUUCCUGCCCAACAGCCUAAAGCAGCAUCAGAGGAGGAUGGGCCUACAACAGCAACCAUCUGCUACUCCGGCACUACCAGCACAGAUGGCUCCACCUCCUGUGCUCACAGCGGCAAUGCCCAUUUCUCAGGCAGCUCCUGGAACUAAUGGUUGCCAUGCACCACAGGUAUCAUCCACACAUCGCCAAGCCCAUACCGGAGUGGAGCACAGUGCAACAACCGGUGUCGCCAUGAACCUGAACAGCUCAAGCUCCACAGGUUUCACCAUGGUUGGGUGGCCUGUCAGCUCACAGCCCAUGGGGCACAGGCCUUCACCUGACAUCAAUGUCUGCUUAACUCCCCAGGAGUAGCAUCAUCAGCUGUUCAGCUAUCAUCUUUUGUCGCCCCAUCCCUGACACAUUUUGUAGGGCAUGGCUGUUAAUCUGCCAUGUGCGAUGACAAAUUAUGGGCUCUAUUCUAAUCAAUUAGGUCCGCAGUUUAAUUUGGGGGGAGAAACUAGGCAAGACUAAAGACAAUUUAGCCAGAAUCUGACAGAAUGUGGUAGUCUAUUAGUUGCAGUUGCCAUCAUCUAAUUGUUAGGGUGUGUCAUUGUGCUGGGGACAUCUGGUUGUGAUUCAUAUUUUCAUUCUCGCUGUGACUGGCUCUUGUUUGUACUUUUGCAUUGUUUGGAGCUUUUGUAGCAUGUUCU